CCUUCUCGCCAUCUGACCACAGCCGCCACUCUCGCGCUUCCACAGGUGAACAUGGCAGGUGUUUGUGCGACAGGCGUUUUCUCCAAGACCUCACACACCGAGGCCUCAAGCUAGCAUUAGCCGCUGGAAGACUUCGCCCCGGCUGAUUCUCGAUUCCCGCGUUAGCUGAUAGCUUAACCGGCGAGUCAGUGGGACAUGUCGACCCUGCGCUUUGGGCAGCAUCUCAUCAAGGCCUCGGCUGUGUUCCUGCAGACUGAGCUGUCCUUUGCGCUGGUCAACAGAAAGCCUGUGGUGCCUGGGCAUGUGCUGGUGUGCCCCCUGAGACCGGUGGAGCGUUUUCGGGAUCUUCGGCCGGAUGAGCUGGCGGAUUUAUUCAGCACCACCCAGAGAGUCGCCAACCUGGUGGAGAAACACUUCGACGCCACCUCGCUCACCAUUGCCAUCCAGGACGGCCCCGAAGCCGGACAAACCGUGAGGCACGUCCACGUCCAUGUGCUGCCCAGGAAGAAGGGGGACUUUGAGCAGAAUGACAGGGUCUACGAUGAGCUGCAGAAGCACGAUCGAGAAGACGAGGACAUUCCCUCCAAAUGGAGAUCAGAGGAGGAGAUGGCAGCAGAGGCGUCAGAUCUUAGGAAGCAGCUCCAGAAUCUCUAAAUAGACAAUGUUCAACAUUUCAUGUCAAUGACUGGAAGAUUAUGGGAACACAUCCUGAUUCUUAUGUAUUUUAUUCUUAUUUUCUAAAAUAAAAUGACCA